AUGGUUCGAAUGACACAAACUAUCGAUGCGGAGCUUAUGUCGACUGACCCUCUAUCGGUGGUUGAGGACCCAACUAUCCUACCACCAGGAAAAUCUCUCGAGCGAGCGCAGGCCUACGCCAAACUCAUGACGCGGUUAUGGCACUAUCAACUCAUUGCCUGGCUUCAUCUGCCACUUCUUUUGGAAUCUGGCACAGAGAGGCGCUAUGACUAUAGCAGGCAAAGCUGUCUAGAAGCAUCCCGGCAUAUGAUUACAUGUUAUACAUCUAUCCGUCACCUCACUGCGAAUAGCUUUUGUUGCAAGUCGCUGGACUUUCAGGCCUUUACUGCCGCCGUCACUCUAUUAAUAAAUAUCCUCGGACCGACCGGUCGAUCUCACCUCGACUCCAAUGACUGGACCGCCAUCGAAACCGUAAUGACAAGCCUAGAGACAUUGGCAGAGGGACAGCCGCCCGACAAGGUAGCAACGCGAGGUCUUAGCGUUCUACGGACUUUGAAAAGCGUUGCGACGAGAAACAACACACCCCAAUCCGAUAUAUCCGACGGACUACCCCCCAUGGAUUGCCAGUCUAGGCGCAUCAAACUUGACAUUCCCUACUUUGGUACCAUUUCCAUUGACUAUAGCACUCGCAGUGGUCUUCCAGGGCAACAACGACUUAAUAACGUUCCACCAAAACCUACCGGCACAGACCUGGCUGCCAAUAGUGCACUAUCGUCGAAUGUGGGCAAUGCGGCGGAGGCAAGCGCGGUGCAUGAGCAGGCCACGGAUGUGGGUCCUUUGCUAGAAGCUCGCCUGGAACUUGGCCCUGCUGAUAUAUGGUCAUUUGAUCCGGAUCUAACAGCAUUGCCCUCUUUUUUGCCUGGCUUGGAAGAUAGCUGGGACUUGGGGCUAUGA